ACAAAGUAAGGUGCAAACGUAAUAUAUCGUAUGUGCAUUAAUAGUGGAGGUUCUGUCAGUAUUCUCCAAUUAUCCAUAUUUAUUGGAUGAUAACUCGGCGCCGGCGUCGAGAAAAAAGGCGGGCGAAGUUCGCGCGCGCAUAUACAUCAAUUGAGCUCUUAAUUCAUCGUAGCAGAAAAACAAAAUCGACAAAAGGCGGGAACUUGAAGGAGCGCAAUCAUCUGUGGACUUAUCGGUAUUAAAAAUACUAUCACGACACCUAUCCUCGAUUUGUCAUGACUGCGUUGCGGUAUUGUUUCUUAAUGAACAUUAACGUUUUUAUGCUGAAUAUUUUAAACUUAUUCAGUUGGUCGCUUGACUUCGAAUGAAUUGUGUGAACGAGGUAAGGGCUGUCACUUUUGUAUCCCGACAAUACUAGUUGAAUUUUAUAUUGUUUUUACAAUUUAUUGAGCAGAUAGGCAUCGUUAUUUAAAAGCCAUGGAAUUUUUAUGACGUUCGUAUAAACUUAGUUUCAUUGUUCUAUGGAACAUAACCUAAUCGAUCGAUAUUCGUGACUGGAAGAGGUCAUCCCGCCAAAAGAUUUCUUCGUUUCUCUACGGUUAUUGUCGUUAGAAAAGUGUGAUACAUGGAGGUUUGAUAUUACAAAGUUUAACAAUUUGUACGCAUAACUUCUUACCGAAGAACUUGGUGACCAUUCCACGUAAAUACGAUUGACAUUUAAAGACAUUAUAAAUAAAUAAGCGAAUGUUGCUUCAAGUAAACAUUGAAGUAGUUGCAUUUUACGAAUAAGAAAGAACCUCUCCUGCAUAUUGCGUGUUAAAUUGCUAUUGUACCGAUAUUGUGCAUUAUCGAAAAGAAGUAGAUAAUUACGCCAAGUCAGUGAUGCCGCGUAGAUUGAACUUAAGUAUCGGCAAGUUGAAGCUGUCAAAAAUUGCAGAGAUGGAUACCGAGAUAUCGCUGCAAACCCUCGACUCCUUGCCAAUGACGCCUGUGACCAGCAUCGCCCUGGAGCUUAGCCGCUCUAGCUUAUCCGAAGAUACGCCACCAAUAAGAAUGAACCGCAUUAUGGAAAACGCAGACGACAAGCGUCGCUGGAACGACGAGAACAACUUAAAUGGGCUGUUCAAAAAUGCAUUCAAGAUCAACGGAACACCGGAGGCCUCGGUGAGGACGUUCGGCUCGUCGUCGUCGGCGCGGGUAAGACGGCUCAUCGGCAUGGCGUCGGGACGCAUGUCCAGCCCGGACCUCGGCUCCCCGUGCGCCAAUAGUCAGAACUUGGAGUGCGCCGCCAUCUUCAGUCCCAAUGUUCAAAACUCGACGCCGCACAAGUCAGGCGGGCCAAAGUCGGCCAAACCGCGCUUCCCGCUCGAGGAGUUCGACCCCAACAGCCAGGACAGCGGCUACGGCGGUUGCGCCAACUACUCGGACGAGAAAUCUGGCAGCCAGUGCAACGCCUUCCAAUUCGCCGAGCCCCUCGGCGUCGCCCCCCGGCGGCUUUCUCUCGAGUCCCGCAGUCCCAUGAAGUCACCCCUUCGCUCCUCCCCCCAGCGCAAUCGGUCCGCACGGCCGGCCCUAUUCCGUAGCCUCUCCUCCGGCUACGAGAGCACCGACGAUGGCUUCAACGACCUCAUCGACAUGGAGAGUCUCGACAACGAGCUCACCCGGCUGCCCAACGGGCUCUCGAGCCUCAUAUCCGGGGACAUUGUCGUCGGUGGCCCGGAGAAGCCCACCGUGGGCAUGGAGGUUGCCGCGACGACGCCCAAAGCCCCGACUGCCGCGAAUAGACCGAACCCGAACCUCCGGCGCUCCCUCUCCCUCUCCCUCUCGCUCAAGUCGGAGCGGCUCCAGGGGCAGGAGGCGCGCGCUGACGGCAGCAGCGGGAGCACCCCGAGCCUCUCCAAGGUGCGCUCCUGCCUCUUCCGCUCGCCCAACGCCAGCUCCUCCGCCGCGAAGCUCUGCUUCGACGAGAAUCCACGACGGAGCCACGAGGUCUUCGACGAGAGCCUCGUCGCGACCGGGAGAAAAUUUAAGCGGCCAGAGCCGCCGGUCGAGCACUCGCCAACCCUCGUCAAGCGCUCGAGGAAGUGCGCGAGCUUUCAGGACGUGAGCCUGGCAUUGAGCCCCGAACCUGCCCUCCUCCAGCGCAGCCACUCCGAGACGGAGGCGCACGCGCACAUCAAGUCAGCGAUCCACCGAAGUACGACCGACUCGGAUCUCACGGGCGACUUUAGUAAGCCCUGCGUCCUGCCGCUCGCCGACGGCCAACACGAGGACCUCAAAUCCAUCAGCCCCGAGACCCUCUCGAGGCUCAUACGGGGCGAAUUCGACGACCGGAUAAGCGAGUUUAAGAUCGUCGACUGCAGGUAUCCGUACGAAUACGAGGCCGGUCACAUCGACGGGGCCCUCAAUCUCUUCAGCAAGGAAAUGAUCGAGAAGUUCCUCCUGGACCCGCUCAAGCACAAGUCCGUUUCGAUCGAGCCCGAGAGCCAGAAGCGCAGCAUUCUCGUCUUCCACUGCGAGUUCUCGUGGGAGAGGGGUCCAAACCUCUCGAGGUUCCUCCGUAACAUUGACCGACAAAUGAACAAGGAACGCUACCCGGCCUUGCACUAUCCCGAGAUUUAUCUUCUUCAUGGCGGUUAUCAAAAGUUCUACAAGGAUCAGCGCUGUCUGUGCAUGCCCCAGGGCUACAGGCCGAUGCGACACCCGGACCACGAGGCGGACCUCCGUCAAUUCCGAAGUAAGAGCAAAAGCUGGCAGGGCGAGAAGAGCGGCAGAGCGAACGUCGUCACGGCAAGGGCGAAUCUCAAGAGACUCGGCUUUUAAUGUUCCACCUCCAGACAGGCCGCUG